CUUAAAGGUUCCUUAAAAGGGGUUGCAAGAAUAAAUAGUUCUUGAGGCCUUAGAGGGUUUGACAUGCUCUUGAAGCAAGUAAAUAAGGACUUGAGUAAAUAAUACUUAAUAAAGAGGACUUCAUAAACACAGCUGUCGCCAUUUUCCUGCGUGCGCGCCCCCGGAACCCUCGGCAGUGGGAGUGUCUGCGUCAGCGUGUCGCUGCGUGCGCGCGCCCCGCGCCUCUCGGCAGUGGGGGUGUCUGCGUCAGCGUGUAGCUGCGUGCGCGGCCCCGCGCUCUCGGCAGUGGGAGUGUCUGCGUCAGCGUGUCGCUGCGUGCGCGGCCCCGGGCUUUUCGGCAGUGGGAGUGUCUGCGUCAGCGUGUCGCUGCGUGCGCGCGCCCUGGGGUGUUUACAGGCGUCUGGUGCCGCUUGUAAGCGGAUUCUGUGUGUGGCGGUGAUAGAACCUGAUUUACUGCGUCAUGAGCGAGCAGAUUUAUCGGAUAAUAAGUACAAACUAUAGUAAUAAUAAUAAUUAAUUUGUCGGUUUCGUGUCGGAGCUCAGGAGCGCCAUGUACCGCUCUCUGUACGCGUUUAAGUCGCAGGAGACGAACUCGCUCCCGUUUUCGGCUGGAGAGAGCUUCCUCAUCCUGGAGAGGAGCAACCAGCACUGGUGGCUCGGAUCCCGCUGCUGCUCCGGAGAAACCGGCUACAUCCCGGCCUCCUACCUGGAGAAGAUCCCGGCCCCGGAGCAUGAUGAGGUUCUGCAGUCAAUAGACAGAGCCAUUGAAGGGAUUCACAAUGUGGCCAUGAAGAAUGGAGGGAAGUACAACCUGGAACAGAGAGAUGUUCUUCAGAAGCUGAUCCACCACAGGAAGGAGACGCUGUCUCGCCGGAGUCCGACUUCUUCCAAUCACAAAACAGGAAUUCCCUCCUCUAGCAGUGAGAUAUCAUUAAGCUCCGCCCACCAAGCAACCAACGGCCUGAGCCGAGCUUUCAGCUGCCAGGCUAACGAGUCAAACACAGAUAACACAGAGAACAUAAAUGUACCGGGACUCUAUCAGAUUCCUCCUCAGCCUCGACGAGCCGCUCCCAUAACCCCGCCCCCUCCAGAGAAACGCAAGGAAACACGACGCCCAGGUCCUGAGGUUCCAAUCAGAGCGAUCUCCUCUGGCCCCGCCCCCAUCUCUGGUCAGACCACCCCUCUUUCCAUCUCUCCAUCCACAAGCUCCACCUCCUCUCAGUCUGGCUCCAUCAUGCUCUCAGACGACAGCCUUUGCAGUGCGUCCAGCACUCCACCUCCCAUACCUAGCCGAACAAAAGCCCCGCCCCCUCAACCGCCGGACGUCUCUCACGCUCACAAUACCCCGCCCCCUUUUCAGUCUGACCCCUCCCACUCUAAAAAGGCCACCCCUUCUCCUCUUCCACCUAUCCAGUCUGACUCUAAAAAGGCCCCGCCCCCUCCUCCACCUGAACCUUCUUCCACCUCCUCGUCCGGCACAUGUCCGUCACCUCAACCGGGAACGUUACAGCCUGACGUAGAAGCGGAUUGGCCCUCGGCUCCGCCCCCUGAGUCUCUCAGCCCUAUUGCACCUGAAAGCCCAAGGUGUCCGGUUCCCAUGACGACAGGGGCAGAGCUGAUUGAGCUUGUCAGGAAGAACACGGGGCUGAGUUAUGAGAUGUCGCGCGUCGCUGUGGGCGUCGUCCUCGGCCAUCUCCAGGCGACUAUCCCGGGGGCGUCGGCCGAGCUCGAGCAAGUGCUGCUCUCAUUGGUCGACAGUAAGGACCUGAGUGCGGCGUUGCCACGGGGACAGGUGUGUCACGAUGAGCAGAGGCUCGAGGUGAUCUUUAAUGAUUUAGCUCGUCACCGUGACGACUCACAGCAGCGCAGCUGGGCUCUGUACGAGGACCACGAGCUCAUUGCAUGCUACCUGGAAGAGCUGCUGCAGAUACUGACAGAUGCAGAUCCAGAGGUGUGUAAGAGGAUGUGCAGGACCAAUGAGUUCGAGUCAGUACUGUCUCUCGUCUCUUAUUACCAGAUGGAACAUCGUGUCUCUCUGCGGCUGCUGCUGUUGAAGGUGUUUGGAGCGAUGUGUGGUCUAGACGCACUGCUUAUCUCCACACUGCUUAACUCCAUCCUCCCCAUGGAGCUCGCACGAGACCUGCAGAGCAACACACAAGAACAUCAGAAAAUGUGUUACACAGCACUGGUGUUAGCCAUGAUAUUCUCCAUGGGGGAGCAACUGCCCUAUCGCCACUACGACCACCUGAACUCAGGAUUUGUUCAGUUUCUUUUGGACGUGAUUGAGGAUGGACUUCCAUCAGACUCGACUGAACAACUUCCAGACUUGAGUCUCAACCUGCUGCUUGCCUUCAACCUGCACCUCACAGUACCAGACAGUAAUGUGGUGAUGCAAACGCUGAUGAAGAGACACAAUGUGAAAACUCUUACUGAGAAAAUCCUGCUGCUGCUCAACAGAGGAGAGGACCCUGUGUGUGUAUUUAAACAUGCUCCCCCGGCUCCACACUCCGUACUCAAGUUCCUGCAGGACGUUUUCUCGAGUCGCAACACGGCCGACAUUUUCUACCACACUGACAUGAUGGUGAUGAUCGACAUCGCAGUGCGGCAAAUAUCAGACCUGUCUCCUGGAGAAAGGCUCAGGAUGGAGUAUCUAUCUCUAAUGCACGCCAUCAUACGCUCCACUGAUUACCUGCAGCAUCAGCACCGUGUCUCUGACCUGCGUGCGACGCUGCAGAGGAUUGUGGGAGAAGAGGAGGACCCCGGAGAGGAGGAGAGCUUGGCUCAGACCAAACAAAUGGACAAGCUCAUUGUGCAGCAGAUUUAUAAAGAGUUCCCUCAGAUCGGAGCAGAAUGACGGCUCCGUCCCAAACGCCACCCGAGUGCACUACACUGAGGUCCCUUACCCACAGGGAGCAGGUGCACAUUCACACCAUAGAAACCAUACCUUACAUGGCAGUAGCAUAUUUUCUCACUUAUUCCAUGUGAAAUUCCCUGAAAUACUUCACUACAU